AUGAAUUGCUAAAAUUCGAAAUGCAGUAAGAAUAUUCCUUAUAAUUCAAUAUUAAAUGGAAAUCAAAUUACAUGUGAUAGUUGCUCAAGUACGUUUUAUUGUUCAUCAAAAUGUAGAGAUUUUGAUUGGGAGGCAUACCAUUAUUUAGUGUGUAAUGGAUAAUUCGAACUAGUUCCUAAGCUGUCUUUAAGUUAAUUGAAUGAUGAGAUGAAUUUGAUAGGUUCAGGGAGUUUUGGGUAGGUUUACCUAAAAUAACAGAAUGGAUAUAAAUUUGCAAUAAAAAAAAUAAACAAAUAUAUUGGGAACAGGGAACUCAAAAUUCAUAAGCUACUUAAACAUAAAAAUAUAAUUUAAUUGCUACAAUUUCUAGAGAAGGAUGAUGAUUUAUAUUUAAUAUUGGAAUAUGCAAAACAUGGACAUUUGACAACAGAUCUGUAAAUAGAUCCAAAGUAGGUAGUAAUACAAUUAUGCAAUGCUUUGAAAUAUUUACAUUCUCAGGGCAUAAUUCAUAGGGACAUUAAACCAAGCAAUGUGUUAUUAGAUCACAAAAACAAUGUAAAAUUAUGUGAUUUUGGUUUGGCUACUCAUAUUGACAUCAUUAGCAACUUUAGUGGCACAUAUGAGUUCAUGGCUCCAGAAAUCUUAAGGAAUUUUCCAUAAUCUUAUUCUGUUGACAUUUGGAGUUUGGGAUGCUUGCUCUAUUGGAUGCUUGAGAAGAAACCAAUAAUAUCAGGUACAGAAUAAAGAUAGGAAAUGGUGGAGUAGAUUCUGCUGUUCACAGAGCCAAGGUUUACGAUUGUAGAUCAAUUUGCAAAAGACUUAAUUUAAAAAAUGUUGAAUCCAAAUCCAAAGGAGAGACUUACUUUGAAUCAGAUACUUUUGCAUCCAUUUAUAACAAGAGUAGAUCUGAAUUAGAUGAAGGUGGAGGAGUCUUCAAAUUCGUAUUCUGAUGAAACUCAAGCGAGUUGUAAUCCUUAGCAAAUUGUUCCUUAAUAAUAAAGUGAUAAUAAAAAUAGAACUGUAUUCUAGAGGAUUGCUAGUUUGUUUACUUGCAUAGCCAGAGAUAAAUGA